CCACCCUUACCCUCUCUUCCAUUGCCCUCAGCUCCCAUAUCGUCCUUUGUUAUUCGCUUCCACUAUACCCAACAAGACUUGGUCAACACAGCCAUGGACCCUGCAAACACCGCUUCGCCGCAAGGUUUUGGCGCGCUCCUUUCCCACGUUAUUGGCUGGACCUAUUUUAUUGCAUGGUCGGCCUCCUUCUACCCACAAGCGAUCCUCAAUUGGAGACGCAAAUCGGUCCGAGGACUCUCGAUGGACUUUAUUUACCUGAACGUCCUCGGGUUUCUCUGUUACUCGAUCUUCAACCUCUCGUUUUAUUACAGCCCAGAGAUUCAGAAAGAGUACCGGAGACGCAACGCUGGUCAGGAUAAUCUUGUGCGUGCCAAUGAUGUCCUUUUUGCCGUCCACGCCCUCAUCCUCUCGACCUUUACGCUCUCCCAGACCUUGAUCUACAAGCGCGACCAUGAUCAAAGGGUCUCGAAUCCCACCAAGCUCUUUAUGCUAAUCACGGUUUCGGGGGCCGGGAUUAUUCUCGCCUCAAGAACGAUCUUCUCGUCGUCGCCAUCGUCGCAAUGGAUCGACUUGCUUUAUUAUUUGAGCUACAUCAAACUCGGCAUCAGCUUUCUCAAAUACUGUCCUCAGGUCUAUCUCAACUACACCUCCCGAUCGACCGUCGGCUGGAGCAUCCACAACAUCCUGCUGGACUUUACAGGCGGCGUGCUCAGUAUCGCACAACUGAUCCUGGACGCGGCGAUCUCGGAUGACUGGUCCGGGAUCUCGGGCGACCCUGUCAAGUUGGGGCUGGGCCUCUUGAGCACCUUGUUUGAUCUGGUGUUUAUGACGCAACACUAUGUCCUAUACCGGAACCGCGAGGAUCGAUAUGCGCCCGUGGCGAUGGUCGAGGAGAAUCAGGGUGAGCACAAGGGGUUGAUGGUUCUGUUCCAGGGGCGGAAGGGGUAUGGGAGCGUUGUGGGGGACGAUCGCGAGGCGGAGAUCGUUGACGAUAAUGGCGCACGACGACCCGGGGGGAGCAUGAAGGAUUUGGAGAUAGGGCGCUGAUGAAGACUGCCGUUAAUCGUGGCACUGAUCGUUGAACAACAACAACAUCAUCAAAAAAAAUAAUCUUUUGCUUUUGCUCUUUCUAGAUAAUAUCCCACUUUCGGCGAUGUGAGGCAUCUCUGUAACAUAGCAUAUACCAGCCAAUACACCUGUAAACAGUAUUCAAGUCG